AGUAGUUCCGUUGCCUCGUUCGCAGAGUGUAGUAGUCAGUAAGUGUUUGAACUCGCGAGAGUACGUUAAUUCGUAGAGCUCAAGGACGCUAUAAGUCUUUGUACUAAGUUUACUUUAGUUUUUGUUUUUGAGUUUCUGGAAUUGUGCUUUUUGGAUAUAUUUAUAUAUCUAUUUAUAUAUAUAUAUAUAUACAGACUCACAAUGUGGGAUUCUCCUAACAGUGGUAACUGUCGGACAUGCCAGUACAGCAGUACAUCAAAAAUGGCCUGUGAUUCAGUGGAAGGGCCUUAUCUAGAUAAAGAAAAUAUGCAGCCUUUCAACCACAUGAAAAACGAUGAGCUUUCUUUAUAUGAUAAUGGGAAUGUGGAACCUUAUCAUCCUUCAUCUCUGUCACGUUGCCGUCGGCCUCUCGAAGAACAUGACUCCAAUUCUCUGGAUUCUGGCUAUGGUGCCAGCUAUUAUGGUGAAAAAUUUUUGUCCUACGCCUCUCCAACAAGAACUACUACUGCAUCUUUUAGCUCAAUGUGUUCUAUGGAAGACGAAUUUUUGGAUUUUUCUGAUGUCGAACCCUUAGAAAAGCCGUCACUGCCCCAAGAUUUCAAGAAAUUGAUAUCAAAUCCUCUAGUACUCAAAACUAAGCCUCAAAAAAUUUGCUCUCCAAAAGAUACCAUAAUCAGACCAUUAUUUAGAAGAGCUUUAUCCUUGCAACCACAGAGUGAUAACACACCAAACAGCAGUAGAGUAAGAACUAGUCUGUUCAAAGGGGACCAGGAAAUGCGAUCUUUUAAAAGACCCGACCCUCCUAAUAAUACUACAGUCAUCGGGGUGAAAAGGUCUAGGAUAUUUGAUGAUGAUGAUGACAGCGAUGCUUCAGUUCCGAUGGCAAGACCAUCCCUUCAGCGAGCUUUCUCUGUCACAGAAGAAAGUAUAAUGUGUGCUGUACAGAGAUCUGCGGUCGAACCUGAUCUUAUCGGAGAUUUUAGUAGAAGCUUUAGUCUUCCUUUAACAACAAGUCGUCAUCAAGAUCUAAAAGCUAUUACUCCACAAACUUUGGCAGCUCUCAUUAGAGGAGAAUUUAGUAAUACAGUUACCUCCUAUAAAGUUAUUGAUUGUAGAUAUCCCUAUGAAUUUGAGGGAGGACACGUAACGGAAGCUAUUAACAUUUACACAAAAGCACAGUGUUUGGAACUUUUAGACUCAAGACCACCUGUGACUGAAAAUUCGAGGCAUAUUUUGGUGUUCCACUGCGAGUUCUCCAGUGAACGAGGCCCUAAUUUAUAUCGUUUCCUGCGUAAAGAGGAUCGCAAUAGAAAUGAAAUAAUGUACCCAUAUCUGCAUUAUCCAGAAAUAUAUCUCCUAGAAGGUGGAUACAAGAAAUUUUUUGAAGAGUUCUCCGAAAUGUGUACGCCAGUCGCUUACAAAGAAAUGUUGCACCCAGAUCACGAGGGAGAUCUUAGACAUUUUCGAUCAAAAUCGAAAACAUGGAACUGUGAUUCACGUCAGCGUCCAGGAAAAAAAAGACUAGGGAUGUAAAUAUUUCCAGGUUUAUUGCCAUAAAUUUUUAUAGUACAAAUAAUUUAAUGAUAUGUUUUUGGUUCCUAGUAACUUUUACCUAAAUAACAGAUCGUUAAGAAGUAAAGUGGAGUAUGUAUAAAGAAUAUUGUUAAUAUAUCUGUAUUUCCCACAACAUAUCGAUAAACUGGGUAUUAAUUAUAAUCAAAUAAAAAACAACACUCAUAUUCAAAUACUGUUACAUAAAUAAACCAUACAGCUAAAUUGCACAUUUAUUUUACUAGAAUUAUAAACAUUGUCAGAUAUUAAUUCUUGUGGACAAAAUCUAACUGUAUUACCAAUUUUGCUCAUAUAAGCUGUUCAUGUGAAUAUUCAUCCAUUAUUAAUUAUAUGCUACAAAAAUUUUAUUUAUAUGUAAAUGGUCGGUAGUAAAUACUAAGCUAUUCCAUCCUCAAUUAUGAAUUGUGGGCUGAAAGUUUAUUUUUUUGUACAAAAUAAAAAAAGCAUGACGUUUGUCAAGUCAAUUCUUCAGAUUUUCAGAAAAUACUCCAAACAAAUGUCACAUUCUAAAUGCCAUAUCUUUAUAUCUUUAACAGAUCUCAAUUUAUAGAUGAUAUUUUUGAUAUUUAGUUUUCUUUUUUCAAGUUAUAUCUAUUUAUUUAGCUUCAAAAUUUUGUGCACUUGUAGCUCUUGAAUAUGUUUGAAUCACUUCAAUUUCUGUAAUGGGAUGACUCUGGAUAUAUAUAUUUCAUUAUAUUGAUAAUGGAUACUGUAAUUUCUUCCACUUCAUUUUUUGACAAUUUCAAAAGUUUUGUGGAGACAAUAUUAAUAUGUGUUAUCACAGUUUCUUAAAUGAUAUACAAAAUAUUCACUAUUUUCAUAAAAUAUCCAAUAAUGUGUAUUCUACUUAAAAAAUCAAUUAAAAUAUAUAAUACAGAUUCUUGGGAAUUUUAUGACUAGAAUAAAGAGAAUCAUUAGUUCAUACAUAAUAGCAACUUCAAAAAUUGUUUCUGCUUACAAUAAUUUGUUUCAAAUCAGACAAAAUAAAUUUCUUAAAUAUAAUUUCAAUGCCUAUUCGUUAUUUCAGAAAUGCUUUAAAUUGAUGUGUUAUGUCUUUCACACUAGCUAAAUAUUUUCACAUACCGAGAAAUCACAUGAAUAUUGUUAUUAGUUACAAUGAAAGCAUUUUGGUUAUAUUCUUUGAAUUUCAUUGUAAAUGAUAUUUACCGACAUUACUAGUAAAUUUCUAAGAUUUAAAUUAAAUAUAAUACUCCCUUAGUUUCAUAUUUGUAUAAUAUAAAAAACAGGAAAUUCAAAUCUAAUAUUUAUAUUUCGACUGUCCACAUAAUAUAUUUAUUAUCAAAACAAACAUUUUUAACUCUGAAAACAGUUCUAUUUUCAUAAAAAAAGUUUUCUACAUUUUACCUUUAAAUUUUCAUAAAACAAUUAUUUCUAAUACUCAUCUUUGAUUCUUAAUAUCCCAUUUGUUCAUAAAACUUGUUUUAUUGAAUCUAUGAUUUUUUUCAAUUUUACAAUAAUACAACAAUCUUUUUGCCGAAAAUUAGACUGUCAUUGGGACAACUCAUUAGGCAAAUAAAAGUUACUAAAGAACUAAUAUACUUUUAUAUUAUGAUGCACCAUAUUGGCGCGUAAUUAUCUAAGACAUAGUCUUUUACUAUGUAUAUAUGUACAGAGAAUUUUUUUGUGAAAAUGAUCUUAAUCAUUUUAUUUGAUCUCAAAUUCGUAAGUGCCAAAAACAUCUUGAAUAUUGAUAGAGAAAUUAUUUUGUACUCUAACUGCCUAUUUUUUUUAUCUGCUAAGUAAUCUACAUUUUGUCAGAAAGUGAUUAUCUUUACCUAAGCGCUACUAAUAAUUUUGAAAAAUAUGCUCAAUAUGUCAAAUAUUGUUAUUGGAUUGUUUAUUCUUACUUAAAUUGAGAGAAUGUUUUAUUAAAAAUUUGCAGGUAGUAACUAUGUAAAUAUGCAAAUUACAGAAAAAUUUCUAUGUUAUAUCAAUGUUCAUAAUUGUGGAAUUGAAAAUUAAACAAUUGGAUAGCUACUGCACCAAAAUUGUUCAAUAAUUGAAUGUAUCCAUAUUCAUAGAGGCAAAAAUUGGGCAACUAGUCACAAUUAUGAACUUUGAUGUAACUUUAUAAACAGUAUUUUAAGCUUUGAUAAGGAUUAUUUUCACCAAGUAACUGCUUAGUUCUGUCAUUUAAUGCCAGAGAACUGAAAUGCAAUGUUACGUUAACCAAAGUAUCAUCAUUUUUUUUAAAUAUUUUGACUGGGCCCAGCCUAUUUAUUUAACGUGCAAUUUUUAAUGCAAUAAAAAUGUGAUGGUUAUUUGCACCAGGAGAUGCCCUGUUUGUAAUGACUUUGCAAAUAUAUUUAUUACAUGUUAAGAUAUCGAUUUAAUAUUAUUGUGUGCAUUUUUCAAUUUUUUUAAUUGAUUGCAAGUGUGUAUCAUAUUAUUCUUUUGUAAAUUAAAGUGAUUUGUCUUAUUGACAGACUGAAAUUUUCAUAGAAUUUGUAAUGUAAUGUGAUAAGUAAUAUAUAUUUUUUAAAUCAUUUA